CAACCAGGCGGCCACAGAGAGAGGAUGGCCAGCAGGAAGGCGGGGACCCGGGGCAAGGCCGCAGCUGCCAAGCAGGCCCAGCGAGGCUCUUCCAACGUCUUUUCCAUGUUCGAGCAAGCCCAGAUCCAGGAAUUCAAGGAGGCCUUCAGCUGCAUUGACCAGAACCGUGAUGGCAUUAUCUGCAAGUCAGACCUUCGGGAGACCUACUCCCAGCUCGGGAAGAUGAGCGUCCCGGAAGAGGAACUGGAUGCCAUGCUGCAGGAAGGGAAGGGUCCCAUCAACUUCACGGUCUUCCUCACGCUCUUCGGGGAGAAGCUCAAUGGGACAGACCCCGAGGAAGCCAUCCUGAACGCCUUCCGCAUGUUUGACCCCAGUGGCAAGGGCGUGGUGAACAAGGAUGAGUUCAAACAGCUUCUCCUGACCCAGGCAGACAAGUUCUCUCCAGCUGAGGUGGAGCAGAUGUUCGCCCUGACGCCCAUGGACCUGGCAGGGGACGUCGACUACAAGUCUCUGUGCUACAUCAUCACCCAUGGGGAUGAGAAAGAGGAGUGAGCGGAGCAGCCCCCAGGGUCACCACAAUAAAUGCUGUUUUCAAUCAGA